AGUCAGAGCUAAGAACCUCAAUUCUCCAAGGAGACCGAGAGUUUGGGUCUGUGAUAGCCUCAACGUAGACCAUGGCAUCACUUUCAAUUAUAGCCUGAUGAAUGUUCCCUCAGUAUCUAGAAACUCGAAUUCAGGAUCUCUUCAUUUGUUCUCUCUUUCAAAGUAAAAAAUUAGCAUAGCUUCUCUGCAAAAUUCUGUGCAGCCAUGGAUUACAAGAAGAAUCCAUCAUUGCCUAUAAUGCUUUCUUUUCUCUUCAUCUGCCUAUCUCUCAACAAUCAUCUUUCCCUUGGAGCUGAAACCAUCUCUGCAAACCAACCUCUCUCUGGUGACCAAACUAUUAGCUCUAAUGGUGGGAACUUUGAGCUCGGUUUCUUCACACCAGGUAACUCUUCUCGUUCUAACUACUAUAUAGGCAUCUGGUUCAAGAAGGUCUCUCUCAGAACCAUAGUUUGGGUGGCAAACAGAGAGACGCCAGUCUCUGAUAGAAUUUCUUCUGUAUUGAGAAUCUCAGACGGUAAUUUAGUUCUGUUCAAUGAGUCUCAAAUUCCAAUUUGGUCAACAAAUUUGAGCUCUACGAGUUCUGGUCCUCUAGAAGCUGUGCUUCAAGAUGAUGGAAAUUUUGUUCUGAGAGAGGGGUCUGCUAAUUCACCAAAACUUUUGUGGCAGAGUUUUGAUAAUCCAACCGAUACAUGGUUUCCUGGUGCUAAGAUGGCAUAUAACAAUAGAACCAAACAAAACAUGCGUCUUAUUUCAUGGAAGAAUUCUGAGGAUCCUGCACCAGGACUUUUCGCUCUUGAGCUACAGCAAAAUACCAAUUCCUAUAUUAUUCUAUGGAAUAAGUCUGUACCAUACUGGAGCAGUGGACCUUGGAAUGGAAAAAUUUUCAGUUCGGUUCCUGAGAUGAUAGCCAAUUAUAUUUACAACUUCAGUUAUGUUUCAAACGAAAAUGAGAGCUAUUUCACAUAUUCGGUUGCCCAUACUUCUACUAUAUCUCGAUUUUUUAUGAAUAUAUCGGGCCAGAUUCAGCAGCAAUCAUGGUUGGAAAGUACCAAGCAGUGGAAUUUGUUUUGGUCUCAACCAAGGACGACACAAUGUGAGGUUUAUGCUUUUUGUGGGCCUUUCGGUGUAUGCAACCAGCAAUCCAUGCCUUUUUGUAAUUGCCUGAAGUAUUUUCAGCCUACCUCAGACAAAAGUUGGAAUUUGUCGGAUUUUUCAGCUGGGUGUGCAAGAAAAACCAGUUUGCAGUGUGGGAAUGAUACACUUGCUAAUGGAAAGAGAGACAAGUUUUGGGAAAUGCCCAACAUGAAAUUGCCUGAUCAUCCACAAACUGUGGCAGUUGGAAGUUCAUCAGAAUGUGAAUCAACCUGCUUGAAUAACUGCUCUUGCAUUGCUUAUGCUUAUGGCGACCAUUGUUCAAUUUGGAUUGGAGAGCUCUUGAAUCUGCAACAACUCACAAGCGCUGACACUAAUGGAGGAACUCUAUAUCUCAAACUUGCAGCUUCCGAGUUAUCCGUUUCUCCUCCAUCCAAAAAAAGGAUGACAUUGCUUCUUAUUUUUGGAAUAACUAGUGUGAUUGUUCUUUGCGCCAGUAUUUCUAUGUGCAUAUGGCAAAGAAAGAUGAGCAAGAGAAAGGAAAAUAGACAAAUUAAUAAAAGAAAUCAAGCACACCGCAUGUUUCACAGUGAAAGCCAUGUCCAAGAAUUGAUAGACUUGGGUGAGUUGAAAGAAGAAGAUGAGAAAGGCUUAGAUUUACCUUCUUAUGAUUUGGAAAGCAUACGAGUCGCUACAGGUAUCUUCUCAGAUGAAAACAAGCUUGGACAAGGAGGCUAUGGGCCUGUUUACAAGGGUAAGCUUCCAAGUGGUCAAGAAAUUGCGGUAAAGAGGCUUUCAAGAGUCUCAGGUCAAGGUUUAAAAGAAUUUAAGAAUGAGGUGCUAUUGAUUGCAAAACUUCAGCAUCGAAACCUUGUCAGGCUCCAUGGAUAUUGCAUAGAAGGGAGUGAAAAGAUUUUACUUUAUGAGUACAUGCCCAACAAAAGUUUAGACUACUUUAUAUUUGAUCAAAAGCAAAGUAUGAGUUUGGACUGGGAGAUACGUUUCAACAUCAUUCUGGGAAUUGCUCGAGGGAUUCUUUAUCUUCACCAAGACUCUAGAUUAAGGAUUAUUCAUAGAGAUUUGAAAACCAGCAAUAUUCUUCUAGAUCACAAAAUGAACCCCAAAAUAUCUGACUUUGGAUUGGCGAGAAUUGUUGGUGACAGACAAACUGAGGCAAUCACAAGCAAAGUAGCUGGAACUUAUGGCUAUAUAUCUCCGGAAUAUGCGAUAGAUGGAAUCUUCUCAAUCAAAUCUGAUGUUUUUAGUUUCGGUGUAGUUCUACUUGAGAUUAUAAGUGGAAAGAGAAAUACAGGUUUUUAUAAGUCAGAACAAGCCAUGAGCCUUCUAGGUUAUGCAUGGGGAUUGUGGACUGACAACAUGCUGAUGGAUUUAAUGGACGAGACCCUACGGGAUACUUGCAUUGCAGAUCAGUUUGUGAAGUGUCUCAAUAUUGGUCUCUUAUGUGUACAAUCUAACCCAAGUGAUCGCCCAACCAUGUCAAUUGUUAUUAAGAUGCUAGAUGGUGAAACUGUGAACCUUCCAGCCCCAAAAAGACCAGCAUUUGUCAUUGGGAGAGAUCAAUCCAGCUCAACUUCUUCUAAUAAACCAAAAUCAAUUAAUGAAGUAACAAAUAGUCUAGAAGCACGAUGAUCCAUGAUUAAGGUUAUCAUGAGUCUUGUUGUU